AUGGUCGCCAUGGCCACCGUCCGAUUCACACCCCACGAACGGGGCGUCCGGCUUCUCGUGGUAGCCUCGGUGCUGGCCAUCAGCACCUUGCAGGGCUGCGAGCCUGAGACCCCAGAGGAGCUUCAGGGCACCAGUGACACAGCCUUGGCUUUUGCUAUCGUUGGCACUGUGCUUGCAGUGUUGGGCCUUGGCGGUGGUUGGUGCUCGGUGUGCAUGGACGACGGGCCGUCUUCGGAAAAACGCUCAUACUGCGCCUGCGCAGUGGGAUUUCUUUGCUGCUGGCUCGUCGUUGGUCUUCCUCCUUGGAUUGUCUUCGCCAACUACCAAGCGCAAAUGACAUGCGACACGUUGCGCAGCAUGCAGCCGGAGCUGUGCUGGAGGGGUACCUGGUGGGGAUGGCAGGAGGGUUCGGAGGGUUCAGGCUUCACAGCACUGGAAUGCUGCAGGGGUCCGCCCGUGGCAACUGUGACAAUGACAUCCGUGACCAUGACAUCUACGACUAUGACACUCACCACUCUGCCCGCGAUCCCUUACUGCCAAUGCGAAGCUGCAUCAAGCUCAGCCCUUCAAUGCGAGACUGGCGCUGGGCGAAGCUGCAUCACCAAUUUGACGGAUUGGACGGCUUGCUUUGAAGAGGGACGCCUGUGUGAAGCGAGUGACGGAUGCAUCACAAAGCCAGAAUUUGUGGCGAACUGUGCGCAAUUUGGCAAAGCAGAGUGCAAGGAGCAGAGGGCAUGUUACUACCAAGCCCCUAAUUUGGUCUAUAGAAUGGCUUGCAGGAGCCAAGGCGCCAACAAUGCAAGCGCAAAAGCCCAUGCACUUUGCUCUGAAUACAGUAGCAAAAUGACGUGCAACGGGCAAACAAUUUGUCAAUGGACACUUGUUGAGUAUGACAAUGAGCCUUGCAAGAAUGGUGGCGUGCACGUUGGAUGCCUUGGCAUCACAGAGCAGCUGGAUGCUAGAUGUGCCAUCCAUGAAACGUCGUCUUCAUGCAAACUGGGGUCUGAUCAUGACAUUUGUGAGUGGAAAGGGCUUUGCCACUGCACGUCAGAGUUUUUCGGCGACAACUGCCUGCAGGAGAGGGUUCAAUACGUGAAUGGAGGGCUGUGCCUCCAGAGUGCUUCGCGCCCAGCCAUUUGCAAAGGCUUGGUGAUUGCCGCAUCUUCCGAGGAUCGGGAAUUCUGCAGCCCUGAGCAGGAUUGCGAAGUUUGGGACCGGGUGAAGUACAUGCUCGGAAUCAUGUAUGAAGCUGAACUUGGGGACAUUAUCAUUGACAGUCUCGCCAUAUGCUUCUGCCUUGCGGCCCUUUGCUUAAAGCAUAAGGGUCAGCGUGGGAAGUACAUCCUUUUGGCGACCUUCGUCAGCUUCAUGGCAGACAUUGCCCUGGAGGUCUUGUUGGCAGACUCUGUUGGAGGGGCCAAGGAUGUUGUGGCCGAGUUAGAGGAAGCUGUUUGCAUCUCCCCACAAGGUGACUUCUACAAUUCGCUGGUGAUCCUAAAAGAUUUGGCAAACACCAUCGCAACUCUCGCAUGGGUGAACGUGGGAAUUGCCAUUCUUGGUGGCCUCAGCGAGGUCUUGCAGACCUUCAUGGAUGCAUGCGGCAAGAAGGUGCUGGAACGUACUGCAGUUGGCUUGGUGGUGGCAGCAUCCGUUUUUGAGCUGGGGCUCGGAUGCAUUAGCUUUGGGUUCAACACCCUGGAGUUCAUCGCCGUGGUGAAAGAUAUCGAGGUUGCUGCCCUAGGCUUGCAGACCAUGGAAGACGACUAUGGACACAUGUGCUAUGUGAGGAAUCCCGAUUUGACGCCAGCAACUGCGCAGGGUGUGAUGUGGAUCCAACCUGGUUUGAUCAUGGUGAUGCCUAGUGUGGUGGUUUGUUGCUUCUUCCUGGCUGCAGCAGUCUACACCUACAGGUGUGCUCCGCCGGAUGAACCUGAAGAUGAGGCACCUCAAGAGGUGGUGAUCACCACACCGCGCACGCCCGGCACGCCGCGCUCGCCGCGCACGCCGCGCUCCGCGGAUGCUCCGGUGCCUCCAGAUGUGCCUGAUGGAAGUGAAGAUUGA